UUGGCUGUCAUGGAGGGGGCGGGGUUUGCUGUGUGCAGUCAGAGCGGAGAGGAGUCUGAGCGGCUGACAGUCGGUGUCCGGGCCCUGCACCAAUAUGAUUGAAGCACCUCCAAGCUUUUGUUUUGUGGCCUUUCCACCCCAUACAAAAAACAGCUGCAUUUUGUUUGGGAAGAAUUCAGCCCGGCCCAGAGAUGAAGUCCAAGAAGUGCUGUAUGUGCCAUCCAAAGGCCAUGAUCCUGGAAGCAAAGUUCAGUGCACAUACCUGGAAAUUGACCAGGUUGCCCAAACUCAUUCUGUAAUACUGAGUAAACCAGCUUGGAUGUGGGGUGCUGAGAUGGGAGCCAAUGAACAUGGAGUCUGCAUUGGAAAUGUGGCCAUUACCACAAGACAGGCUGCUGAGGCCUCAAAGUUAUUGCUGCCAAUGGAUCUUGUCAGACUUGGCCUUGAACGUGGAACAAAUGCCAAAGAGGCUCUUCAUAUAAUAGUGUCUUUACUAGAGGAGCACGGUCAAGGGGGAAGCUACUUCCAGGCCGGGGAUCAAGGGUUCCAAAGUGCCUUUCUCAUUGUAGAUAGGUCAGAGGCCUGGUUACUGGAGACCGUGGGGAAAUUUUGGGCUGCUGAAAAAAUUACAGAUGGUGUGAGAUGUAUCUGCAACCAUUUAUCACUAAAGACGCAGCUAGAUCUGGAACACCCAGAGCUUCGGGAUUAUGCUCAAAGCCAGGGAUGGUGGACUGAGGAUAAAGAAUUUAACUUCUCUGAAGCCUUUUCAGAAGGUGACAUUGGAGACCAUUGUUCAGGGAAGGAGACCUUAGAGAACAAGGAUGAAUUGACAGUGGAAUCGGUGAUAAACGUCCUUCGUAUUAAAAGUAGUGUAAAUUGUGUGGACACCUUCCUGACUACAGCUAGUUCUGUGUCUGUUCUACCUCAGGAUGAGAAACGGCCUUGUAUUCACUUCCUUACUGGCACACCGGAUCCCUCAAGGUCUAUAUUUAAACCCUUUAUAUUUGUGGAAGAUGUAAAAGCGGUGCCAAAGGCCCAGUCAUCUUGUGCUGAAGACUGUCCUCAUGAACAUUCAGAAUAUAAACAUGAACUAUAUGAAGCUCAUCAGUGCGCUAUAUCUUUAAUGGACAAUGACAAAGAAGCAGGAGAUAAACUUCUGUGCACCAUGCUAGACCUGGAGAAACAAGGUAUAGAUGCCAUGGAAGACAUCCUUAAUAGUUCAAAUCCAAUAGACCCUGCAGAAGUAGUAGAUCUUUUCUUUGACUGCGUUGACACCGAGAUCAAAUUCUACAAAUGAGAUAUCACGGACAGAAUCCCGCUUCAAGGCAGACAGAAGAGCACAUGACAUGUUAAGGCUUCUUCUUCUACGUGGCCAUGUGGAUGACUCUGCUGUCCCCUGUGUAGCUGUGUCACUGUGGUAUUGUGUGUUUUUACAGGGAACAGAAUCAGCCUCCAAUGCUCAGUGCAUGUAGAUUAACAAAGCUCACUAUGUGUCUAACCAACAAUGGGUCAUCUAAAAAGGUCAAACUUGACAUAGAUAUUCUAUUAAAAGUAAUUUCAUUGAAGGCUAGUCCGAACCAUGUAGAGGUGAGAGAAUCAAUAGAGGUAAACGAAUCAGAGGUUAUUUCAGUAGAAACUUGCAGAAUGUUGAAAUAAAGUAGUGGCAUUAUUAGAAUAUAAAUCAGUGAUUUGAAAAUCUUUUAGCUCAUACAUUUGACAUGAGGAAUAGAAUUCUAAGAACAUGAAUUCAGAUUUGAGAUUUGAACCAAUAUGUUUGGACCUAAAGGCAUUUCACAUUAGAUUGUUUUCUAAAAUUUGUAAAUGCCAUGUUUAAAAUAAACACAUUCCAUUGAACCAAA